AUCUAUCUGUAACAUUAGAGAGAGAGAGAGAGAGAGAGAGAGAGAGAGAGGUCCAUUGAGUCUUUUUGUUUGGAUUUGGUAUUAUGUAUUCUAAAAGUCAUGAGUGGAAUAGUGUGAAUAUGAGAUAAGCUUUUUCCCUUCACCUUUUUGUGUUUGUCUCUUUUCCCUCUGCCAUAUUUUUCUGAGACCCCUUUUGCGUACUUUUCUAUCUUUUCUUUUCCUUUUAAAUAUUGGGUCUUUUUCAAUCCUGCCAAACAAUUAGUCAAGCACAUCAGAAAGGGAUGGAGAUUUAGGGUUUUCGUAACCAUUCACUGUAUGUACGGAUUUGGUUAUGUGAUUUUAUAAUAUUCAGAGAUUUGUUAUCAUAGUUUUAUCAGAGAAAGAGAUAGGAGGGAGGGGGUUGUGUGAACUGUGAAGGGGCUUGUGCGAACAGUGGAUCAUUAAAAAGGGACUUUUCUUGUCUUCUUGUUCUUUUUCUUCAUUUAUCUGAAACAUAUUUUCUAGAGAGAUGAAGAGUUUUCUAGAGAGAGAGGGCCUUGAGUCAUGCAUGGGCGUUGACAAAGAAACAGCUUUUUCUUCUGUUUCUACUUAGAAUGCAUUCCCACUUUCUCAGUCUUUAGCUCAAUCUGGCAAUCGCUGGGUAAGGUCAAACAUUUAGAAUAAAAUAAAAAACAAGUCAUAAACAUACCCUUGUGAAAGUGAGAGUGACUCUAUCUUUCUAUAAAAACCUGCAGAGACACAGAGUCAAAUAGUCAAAAAAAUCAGAGAGAAAGGAAGGAAGAGAAAAAGAGAGUCUAGACUCUAGAGGGGUUUCAAAUUUCAAUCUUGCCAUUGUUUUUCCUCAUUUCUUUUGAUGAGUUUUGGAGGUUUGAUCAGCGGUGGUAGUGGUAAUAGUGGAGGCGGGCGUGCAAGAGUUGUGGCUGAUAUUGCUCCACAUACCCCCUACAUGCCCAGUGGUGCCAUUGCUCAACCACACUUUCUCACUUCCCCUGUUCCCAAUUCAAUGCGGAGUUCCUCUUCCCUCUCUCUUUCAAUAAAGAACAUGGAUGGUCACAGUGAACUGGGCCUGAUUGCUGAGAAUUUUGAUCCUGGGAUUAUUGGGAGGAUGAGGGAUGAUGAGUAUGAGAGCAGGUCAGGGAGUGAUAAUUUUGAAGGCGCAUCAGGUGAUGAUCAAGACGCCGGGGACGAGCAACGCCCCAGGAAAAAGAAGUAUCAUAGGCAUACCCCAAGCCAAAUCCAAGAACUUGAAAAUUUCUUCAAAGAAUGUCCUCAUCCUGAUGAAAAGCAGAGGCUUGAACUGAGCCGGAGACUUAGCUUAGAAACAAAGCAAGUGAAGUUUUGGUUUCAAAACAGAAGGACCCAGAUGAAGACACAACUGGAACGCCAUGAGAAUAUAAUUCUUAGGCAAGAGAAUGACAAGCUCCGUGCUGAGAAUGGUGUGAUGAAGGAUUCUAUGGCAAACCCAGUUUGCAAUAGUUGUGGUGGACCUGCCAUUCCUGGUCAAAUAUCAUUUGAGGAACAUCAUCUUAGGAUUGAGAAUGCUCGACUGAAAGAUGAACUAAACCGGAUAUGCGCUUUGGCAAACAAGUUCUUGGGCAGGUCAAUCUCGUCCUUGGCCAGUCCCAUCUCUCUUCCAAAUUCAACAUCCGGUUUGGAACUUGGGGUAGGAAGAAAUGGGAUUGGUGGUUUGAGUUCUGGAGGCAGUGGGUUGCCAAUGGGACUUAAUUUAGGAGAUGGAGUUUCGAGCUCUUCGCCAAUGAUGCCUCUAAUUAAGAGUUCUACAGGCAUGCUGGGCAAUGAAGUGCCAUAUGAAAGAUCUAUGUACAUAGAUCUUGCAAUGGCAGCUAUGGAUGAAUUGGUUAAGAUGGCUCAGGCAGAUAGCCCCUUGUGGAUCAAAACUUCAGAUGGUGGAACAGAAAUAUUGAACCAUGAGGAGUACCGGGCAUUUUCUUGUAUUGGUACGAAACCCAGCAACUUUGUAACUGAAGGGACAAGGGACACUUGUAUGGUGAUAAUAAACAGCUUGGCUCUUGUAGAGACAUUGAUGGAUGCGAAUCGAUGGGCAGAAAUGUUUUCUUGUUUGGUUGCUAGAGCCUCCGUCAUUGAUAUGAUAUCCAGUGGCAUGGGUGGGACAAGAAAUGGUGCUCUUCAAGUGAUGCAUGCUGAGCUUCAAGUGCUCUCCCCGUUGGUCCCUGUCCGCCCGCUGAAGUUCCUCCGUUUCUGCAAGCAACAUCAAGAGGGUGUUUGGGCUGUGGUCGAUGUUUCCAUUGACAUCAAUCAAGAAGGUUCCAAUACAAAUGCAUUUUUGAACUGCCGGAGGUUUCCUUCUGGAUGUAUUGUGCAAGAUAUGCCUAAUAAUUGCUCCAAGGUGACUUGGAUAGAACACUCCGAAUACGAUGACAAUACCGUGCACCACCUCUUCUGGCAAUUACUACGUUCAGGUAUGGGCUUCGGUGCACAGAGGUGGCUUGCCACUCUGCAAAGGCAAUGUGAGUGCCUGGCAUUCCUCAUCUCCUCUACCAACUCAAUUGAAGAUCAUACAGGGUUAGGUACCAAUGGUAAAAAAAGCAUGUUAAAGCUGGCACAACGUAUGAUCGAUAACUUCUGUGCUGGGGUUUCUGCCUCAUCUGUGCGCAAGUGGGACAAACUGUGCGUUAAUAAUGUUAGUGAAGAUUUGAGGGUUAUGGCCCGGAAGAGUGUGGAUGACCCUGGUGAGCCUGCUGGGAUCGUGUUGAGUGGCUCGACAUCUGUUUGGCUACCAGUAUCAAGGCAUAGGCUGUUUGAUUUUUUGCGAGAUGAACAAUUAAGGGAUCAAUGGGACGUUUUGUCCAAAACUCAUAAAAUGCAACUCAUGCUUCGCAUUGCCAAGUCCCAAGGAGGUGGCAACUGUGUUUCUCUCCUUCGUGCCAAUGUGAUAGAUGCCAAUGAGAAUACCAUGCUGAUGUUACAAGAGUCGUGGAGCGACGCUUCAGGCUCACUUGUAGUGUAUGCACCGGUUGACCCAGCAUCAAUGAGUGCCGUGAUGCGCGGUGGAGAUUCUGCCUAUGUUGCUCUCCUACCAUCAGGGUUUGCAAUCCUCCCUGGUGGUCCACCUGGCUAUGGUAUGGUCAAAACUGAAGGCAAUGGCUGCGACGAUGGUGGAUGUUUUCUGACUGUUGGAUUCCAAAUUUUGGGGAGUAACUAUCCUGCAGCCAAGCUCGAUGUGCAGUCGAUUAAUACAGUUAACACCCUCGUCUCGCACACAAUUGAGAAGAUAAAAUCGGCCCUUCAAGUACCAUAAUGUUAGUGCUUGGCAACCAUGCUUUUAUUUUGUUACCUUCUUUUUGCUUUUGAUGGUUUGGGAAAAGAAAAAGGGAUAUAUGGGGAAACAUAGAAGAUUAGAAUGGGAUAGUGAGGAGCUCGAGAUGAAACGUUUCGCACACGGGUUUCGAGUCAAGAACGAACCGCAUGUGGAGAAUUAUUAUGUGGUAAACUGCUUAAUCUGGUCUGGUUUUGAAAUAAAAACAAGAGUUGAAGAGUGGUGGUUCGGGUAUUGACUCAGUGGACCUGCGGGGCAGGCUCAGCUCUGCCUUUUGUGUUUUGUUAAAUUAUCGAUACCAUACAGUGUUGUGACAUUGAAAACAACCUUUUUGGCUAAUGGUUUUAUUUUGAACUUGGAUGUUGAAA